AUGAGCAAUGCGUUCAAUACAGCCUGGACACCACAAAUAGUAGACUUACUAAGACAAAAAAAUAUACCACGAAAUAUCGCUAAACUAUGCACCGACUUUCUUAGGCACAGACACAUACGAACCGAAAACAUAGAGACCAACACACAGAGAGGGUGCCCACAAGGCUCCAGCCUCGGACCAGCUUUAUGGAAUCUAAUUAUGGAGGACUGGUUCAGACACCUAGACGAGACAGGAGGACUAGACGUAGAGGACAUGAUUCAAGCCUUUGCGGACGACCAAAUAAUCCUAGUGACGGGAACCUCAUUAAACGUUUUAGAGCGGAAAUGGAAUAAUAUUUGGGCCUCUUGCGCAAAAUGGGCUGAAAACCAGAAACUGACCUAUAAUAAAGACAAAACGGAAACUAUGUUCAUACCCUACAAAAAAACGAGACAACCGAGACUAAAAAUUGACGGACAUACAGUACAAAUCAAGGACAACAUAGAAUACUUAGGAGUGACAAUUGACACAGGACUACUAUUCCUAGAUCACAUCAAAAAAAUUAGGCAAAAAACCUCCGACAUAGCGAGCAAACUGAUAGCAGUCACGGGAAGAAAAUGGGGACGAAAACCAAUAAUACUUCGGUACAUAUACGAACAUGCAAUAAAACCCAUGGUACUUUACGCCUCAGAAAUAUGGGGACAUAGAUACAAAGACUCCAGAAUAAUUAAACAAUUAAGAGCAACAGAAAGACCUUACAUACUAGCUAUAACAAAAGCAUACAGGACAACACCCACCUCGGCCUUGCAUGUGCUUGCGGGGGUAACCCCACUACAGGCGGACGCUGGGGCGAGAUGGGAAACAUACACAAUACGAAAGCCGCUACUAAACACACUGCAUACCUACACAAUAGACAAACCACACCCGACUAGAAGACCACUACACCUACGUUUAACAGAUGAGACACAAGAAGAAAAAACUACACAACUGCACAUAUACACUGACGCUAGCAAAAAUGAUGAGAGUUCAACCAUAGGAAUAUACAUAAAAAAUACUAUACAACAACAUCAUAAAAUAAAGAUAAUCACUACAUGCGACAUCAACACACUCGAGCUGUACGCAAUAUACAUGGGAACAAUAAAACUACUUGAAUUAGCGCAAAACACACUGACGACAGAAGUAACAAUACAUACAGACUCAAAGAACGCAUUCUACACACUACAACACAUAAACACUAAUACAAAAAUCACAGCAAAACUGACAAAAAAUAUACAAGACCUUGAACAAACCGGAAGAAGGAUUACGAUACAAUACACAAACAGACAACUACACGGAAUGAAAAUAGCAGAUAGGUUAGCGAAAGAUGCGCACGAACAACCGGAACAGACUACAGAACUUUUCACCAAAAACAUGUACAAACAAGAACGACAUACCCGUGCAAUGAGACAUUGGCAACAGCUAUGGGACAACGAAUCAACAGGACGCAAAACCUACGAAUGGAUAAAACAUACAAAACACGCAGACCUAAACUGGAAAGCAAUACAAAUACUUACCGGACACGGACAUAUCCAAACCUAUUACGAGCGCUUCAAAUUACGGGAAACAGACGGGAACUGCAAACAUUGUCAAACGCCGGAGACCAUACAACACGUAAGAAAUGACUGCACAGAACACAACAGACUGCAAGCCAGAACCCUACUUACAAGAAGACUCAGGACAUUUAAUAUUCAAUACCCGCCCACAGACAUAGAAAUACAUAACAAGAUGAUCGCAGAAUGGCUAAAUGAAUGGGCGCAACAGACCAUUUAUGACGAUGACUAA